AUGGCAUGUCGUGCAACUUCAAGAAAUAUGGAUGUUAGCGAAGCCUUGGAGCUUUUUCUCAAUGACGAGGAGACAGACACUGCAUCUUCGGUGAGUGAUUCUUCAUCCUCAGCUGGGGAUGAAAUGGAGGACGCUUUUGAUCCUGAAAACCAGGAGAAUUCGGACGAAUAUGAGGGUGAUGAUGAGGAGAUGGAGGUGGAGGGCGGGGUGCCCGAGGCAGGUAUGAUCCCAAAAAACAGACUGACAUGGUCCCGUACCACCGAGGAGACGCUGCGUUAUCAUCCUCCUGCCAUCCCACAUCCUGGGAUUACCAGACACGCCGCAGCCCGCAUAACAGCUUUGGAUGACAGCUUAUGGUUUUUUUUGACUGAAGAAAUCAUGGAAAUACUUGUGCUUGAGACCAACCGGGAGGGCCGGCGAAAUGAUAACAGUUGGAGGAUUACGGACGUAACGGAAAUUCGGACAUACAAUGGGCUUCUCUUCCUUGCCGGACUGCACCGUGCACGUCAUGAGGCGACUGUCAGCUUGUGGGGAGAGGACAACAGGCGUCCCAUCUUCCGCGCAACCAUGUCGCGCAAAAGAUUUGAUGAGCUGUGCAUAAAUCUCAGAUUUGGUAAUCGGGAGACCCGGCGUCCACAUGACAAGUUCGCACCCAUCAGCAACCUCUGGAAGCGCUGGGUGGACCGCCUGCACAUGGGGCACAACCUCGGUGAGAACAUCUGCAUUGAUGAGAAGUUGGUCCGCUUCCACGGCCGCUGCUCAUUCAAGCAGUAUAUGCCGCAAAAGCCUGCAAGAUAUGGGGUCCGUUUCACAUAGCAGGUUUAAUGGAAACUCAGAGUCUGUUAACCCUGAAAUCAGGGAAACUCUGAGUUUUCCGUUUCACAAAGGAGGGUCAGUUAAACCAGAGAGAGAGGGGUGACUCUAACCUGUUUCACAAAGAGAGGUAACUCAACCUCGCGGUCAGUUAACGUAGUAACAGACUCCGUGAACCUAACCUGCUCGGGAGCAGGUUUAACUCAGUAAACCCAGAGUUUCAGGUGAGACAUCGACAUUUUCUCAUUUUGAUCAUGUUUUACAUUGUCAAGUAAGUAUUAAGUGGCAGUUUGAUCCCUUACAAAAUGCUCUUUUCACACUCAAAAAUGAAUUUUACUCUCUUAUGAUGUUCCGUUAAAUGAUUAUGUUGCACAAUGUUUUUAUAUUUAAUUUUAAGCUGCUGCCAAGUGCGCUUUUGUCCCGCUGGAUUGCACCUACAUAAAAUAAAUUAAUUUUCUCCAUGCAAGCAGUUUCCCCUGCAAAAGUCUGUCAAUGUGAUUGCACAAGACUAGAUUUAAAGUUACGCAUUGACGCGAGCAGCAGUUUCCUCCCAUGCCCUCUCCCUCUCACUUGCGGCUGCUGCUGUAUUGCACUUUCUUUUAAAAACGUGCUGUAAUUCGCCGUUGGCUUGCUGCUGCCCCCUCCUUCUCCCUGUUUCCAUUGGUUGAUCAAUGAAUCUGGGCUCCACAGAUGCUGGCUGUUUAUGUCUGGUGUGCACGUGCUUAACUCCAGGUGAAACUACUCGGAGUUGCUAAAACUGACUCAAAUCAGGCGUUGUGAAACCGGAAACUCAGAGUUUCCUAUCUCAGAGUAGAUCAACUCAGAGUUAAGGAUUUGACUUGGAGUUUGUUGAACCACCUACGUGAAACGGACCCAUGGUCUGAAGCUGUGGUUGCUUUGCGAUGUCAACACCUCGUAUGCCUGGAAGAUGAUUCCCUACCUGGGAAAAGAGGCCGGCGCUGCUCCCCAGAGGCAGGUGGGGAAGGAGGUGGUUCUGGAGCCCACUGAGGGGCUGUCCGGACACACCAUCACAGUGGACAAUUUUUUCACGUCCUACGACCUGGCCAUGGUCAGGACUAUUCAGAGAAACAAACCCGAGGUACCAAGCCAACUGACCAACACCAGGGGACGAGAGCCGGAUUCAUCCCUUUUUGGCUUCCAACCAACUGCAACAUUAGUCAGUUUCGUGCCUAAACGAAACCGAAAUGUGCUCCUGCUCAGCACCAGACACAGGGACGGAAAGGGGGCGGCGGACCCCCCCCCCAAACCCGAGAUGAUCAAAUACUAUAAGAGCUGCAAGGGGGGAGUGGAUGCUUUGGAUCAGGUAAAUAAUUUAUUCUUUUUACAGACUAUGUUUUUGUGAUGCAUGCCAUAUGUUUUGUGCUUCUUUUUCUGUGAUUUUUUUAUGUCUUUAUUCAUUAUAUUGUUUCUCUUGCAGCGUGUGAACACAUACGGUGUUGGGAAAAAGACGAAGCGAUGGCCUCUGGCACUCUUCUUCAACAUCUUGAAUGUGAGUGCUCUCAACGCCUUCAUCCUUUGGAGGCAGGUGGAUCCAGGCUGGAACCGUGGGAAGCGGGCCAUCAGGCAGCUCUUCCUUCAAGACCUGGGGAGUUUAUUGGUGCAGCCGCUCAUCGGACGACGUCUCCGCGUUCCCCGCAGCCCUGCCGCUGCAGCCAUAGUGGAGAGGGCUCGGGGGGCACGAGAAUCGGGCCCUGCUCCGCCAGCUGAUCCUGAAGCUCCUGCAUCCUGGCGGGGGAUCUGCCAUCUCUGCACUCCUCUGAAAUCAAAGGCCAGACGAUCUUGCGCAAAGUGUGGACUCUUCUCAUGCAAAGAACACACCCUCAAUGUUUGCACGGCCUGUAAAUGA